AUGUCCUCUCAAUCUGGUAUAUUGGCCACCAAAGAGCUGCUGGACACAUUAAAUGAUUCGGAAGACUCUAGUGGAUUAGCUAUCUUUACGGCUAAGAUCUCCGCCGAUUCGACCGUGGUAGAAAGAGAUGGAUCAUUUAACUCAGUGGAACAAUUGCAAAAAAAUUUGAAUUCUGAUCCACUCUAUAUCUUUGUGAAAAAUCCAUCAGAUAAUCUUUAUGUUUUCGCAUCUUAUGUUCCUGAUGGCUCCCCUGUGAGAGCGAAAAUGCUGUAUGCAUCCACCAAAAAUACCUUGAUAAGACAAGUCGGUUCCAACUCAAUUGGUAAACAACUACUUUUUACGGAAGCACAAGAGGUCCGUGAUAUCUUAGAUGAUAGUAGACCAAGUCAAAAUGCUGUGCUUACCGAGUCGGAGAAGGUCAAUAUACAGAUAGCUCAACAACAGCAAAAGAUGAAACUGGCACAGCAUUUCCCAAAUGGUAAAAAGCUUGUUUCUCAAACCAACGGAGCUCCAAGCCAACUUUCGUUUGAGGUAGACUCAAAAGGAUUCUCUAUUUCGAGUAUAUUGAAUAAAUAUAAUGCUGUGUCCUUCACAAUUGACCUUUCCAACGAGCAGAUUCACAUUGCAUCUAAAGAGAACGUUGACUCACCGUAUGCGCUGAGAAUUACUGCGGAAAAUCCAAGUUAUACAAUAUUCAAAAAUGGUUCCCUGCACUAUUUCAUUUACAGUUGCCCUUCUGGAAGCAAAGUCAAGGAUAGAAUGGUGUAUGCGUCAAAUAGAGCGGGCUUUGUCAACUACUUAACGAAUGAAGAGAAAUUAGCUUUUGCAAAAAUUAUAGAAAUUGGCGAACCAUCUGAAUUGGAAGUAUCAUUGAUUUCAAGCUCUAGUGAGGAAGAGCAAAAGCGUCAGACAGCUCUGGAAAAGUCUGAAAGCAAACCAAAAUUCAAUAGACCCAGUGGGCCUGGCAGGAGAUCAAAACCAACCUUAUAA